AUGAGAGGUCCCACCGGCCACUCAUUGCUGCUCCUCCUACUUGUGGGUUGGAUGAGCCCUCCCUGCUCCUCCAAGUCGAUGUCGCUGCAGGAGACGGAGGAGAUGGACGUCAACGAACUUGUCGAGCUGCUGGGCUACUGCAGGAACAGCUACGGGAAGGCGGCGAUCUACGAUCCUCUCCUCAACCAAUGCGUGUGUAGUUCCGGCUUCUCCUUCGACGGCCAGCUCUGCGUACCAGCUCGGCCGGUGCAGGAGGAUGCAGGGGGGUCGGCGGAGGAGGGAGGGAGGGGUAGGCAGUUGGGGCAGGAAGGAAGCGACAAGUGGUGGGGGGAGGGAGGAGGCAAGCAGGGAGGGCGAGGAGAGUCAAAGAAUCUUGCGGUGGAGAUAGAGAAACUGUCUAAGGGGACGAGGAGGUUGCCGUCGAAUGCGAUCACGGCCAAGUCGUUCUCAGCUGUCACCAUGUCAGCAAAGGACAACGUCCACUUCUGUACCUACACUGUGACCAAGACUCCUGAUGAACAGCUGAAAGGCAAGAAGAAAAGAAGAACCGUCUCGUUUUCCAAGUGGAAGCAUGCGAAGAAAAAAGCUGCCGAAAAACGAGGAAGGCUCAAGAACUUGGUCGGCAGCAAAGCUGUCGCGCCCUGCAUCGGGCACGACAGCUUCAACAUCCUCUGUGAAGAUCAGAAAGCUUGUCAACGAGAGGUCCUACUGUCGUCAAUAGAGGCAUUCAACUACAACGACCAGAAGGAGUCUGAGAUGAUGGAGAAGAUCUCUUCGAAGGAGAAGGAGCUGUAUGAGGCUCAGAUGGCAGCAGAUCUUCUCAACAAGCAGCUCGUCGCUGAUCGUGAAACACAUCAACAUCUGCUUGGAGACCUCGGAGCCAAACUGGAAGACGCCCGAAGGAAGCUGAAAGAGGCGGAAAAGAGCCAAGGAACAAACCCUGCAAAAGUUGAGGAGCUGAAGAAGGAGAUGGAUCAGAAGAUUGAGAACAUGCAUGCCGAGCUCCAGAAGGAGAGGAGGAGGCGAGAGGCUCUAGAGAAGAAAUAUGACGCUGAACGAGCCAAGGCUGACUCAUUCCGCAAAGAGAAGCAGGACCUCGAAUGCAUGGAGGGAUACGAACUUGUCAACGGCGAGUGCGAGAAGAAAGCAGGAAAACAAGAGCAGCAGCAGCAGCAACAACAACAACAACAACAGCAGCAGCAACAGCAGCAGCAGCAGCAGCAGCAGCAAGAACAGCCAGCGGAGGAGCGGAAGAGAAAGGAGGAGGAGAAAGCUCGCUACGAGCAGUUCUGCCUGAAAACGUUCGGUCCUCAUGCUCGAUUUGACGGACAAGAUGGCUGGUGA